CAUAUUUAGUGUCAGUCGCCGCCGCCGUUAAAAUUUGUCGGCGCAGGGCUCUGACUUGUAUUGCAAAGAAAAAGAGGAAGAAAUAAUACAAAUCAGAAGAAAACGGCAUUAUAAUACACAGAAAUUUCAAGAAAUUGCAAGAAAUCACAACAAAUAAAUUCCAUUUAAGAAAAACACCAUGUCCUUCGAUACUAUACCUAAAGAUUUACGUGGUUUAAGAGCCUGUUUGGUGUGCUCUCUAGUAAAGUCUUUUGACCAAUUUGAAUACGAUGGUUGCGACAAUUGCGAUGAAUUUUUGCGCAUGAAAAACAACAAGGACAAUGUCUACGAUCAUACUAGCAACAAUUUUGAUGGCAUUAUUGCAUUAAUGAGUCCCGAAGAUUCUUGGGUAGCCAAAUGGCAAAGAAUAGGUCGCUUUUCUCGAGGCGUUUAUGCUAUAUCAGUAUCGGGUAAUUUGCCCCAGGCUACUUUAAGAGAAAUGAAGAGUCGUGGCAUUCCCUACAGACCAAGAGAUACCAGCCAACGUUAAUUUAAUAUUUAUGUAGAGAUAAAACAAAUGAACCAAUAACAGGUUGGAUGAAUUUGAAAGAAAUUUACUAUCUUCAACUUUGCCCACUAAUUUAAAAUAAGGCCAAACACAACUAACCGAUGUGAACGUUCAUUUCAAAAUCCUUUUUUUAACAAUAAAAAAUACUUUAUUAUAAAUUUAUAGGUAUAUAGAGAAUGUCCACAAAAUAUAAUAGUUAUUAAUAAAAAAAUAUACAAUAUUAAUCAAAAGAA